AUGGCAUUAAAUAACAAAAGCCAUCCAGACGAAUUCAUUCUGCUGGGCUUUGCUGACCAUCCUUGGCUGGAGCUUCCUCUCUUCAUUAUUCUUCUGAUCACAUACCCUAUGGCCAUGAUGGGAAAUAUUGCCAUUAUCCUAGUGUCCAUACUGGAUCCCCGGCUCCACAGCCCCAUGUAUUUCUUUCUAACCAACCUCUCAUUUUUGGACAUGUGUUACACCACAAGCACUGUCCCUCAGAUGCUUGUUAACCUGGGAGGCUCCAGGAAAACAAUCAGUUACAUAGGCUGUGUAAUUCAGCUUUAUUUUUUUCACUUUAUGGGCAGCACAGAAUGUUUACUCUUGGCUCUCAUGUCCUUAGAUCGCUAUGUAGCCAUCUGUAGACCUCUACACUACACCAUCAUUAUGAGUCAGCGAACUUGCAUCCUACUAGUAUCCAUUGUAUGGCUGAGUGGAAUGACUAUUGCUGUCUCACAGGUCACGGUUACAUUACAGCUGCCUCUCUGUGGUGUCAGCAAGCUGGAUCAUGUAUUGUGUGAGAUUCCUGUUCUGAUAAAGGUAGCCUGUGGUGAUAAGAGUUCUAAUGAGCUCAUGCUUUCUAUACUAUGCACUUUUCUAAUAGCUGUUCCACUCUGCUUAAUUCUUAUUUCCUAUGCUUGCAUUGGGCAAGCUAUAUUGAACAUUAAGUCUUCUGAGGGAAGGAAAAAGGCUUUUGGGACAUGUUCUUCCCACCUCAUUGUUGUUCUCUUAUUUUAUGGACCAGCCAUUAGCAUGUACCUUCAGCCUCCCUCCUCCAUCACAAGAGAUCAACCCAAAUUUAUGGCUCUCUUCUAUGGAGUAGUGACCCCUACACUCAACCCCUUCAUCUACACCCUUAGGAAUAAGGAUGUGAAGGGGGCUUUAGGCAUGCUGAUGAAGAGGAUUUUCAGUUCCAAAUGA